CGACGUUGUGGGCGAGCAGGGCGACGAGGACGACGUCGACGAGACGAUGGGCAGCGGUGGCGGCAGCGGUGGCGGCGGUCACGGAGCAGGGACCGGGUCGUACGCGUCGACGCCGGCGGGCGACUCGCCGCUCGACCCAGGCGCGGCGGCGGCGGCAGGGGCGGGCGCCGUCCUGCAGGAGGCGGCCGCCAACGACGAGGCCGAGCCGCUGUACGUCAACGCCAAGCAGUACCACCGCAUCCUCAAGCGGCGCAUGGCGCGCGCCCGCCUCGAGGAGAUGGGCCGCCUCAGCAGGGAGCGCAAGCCCUACCUCCACGAGUCGCGCCACAAGCACGCCAUGCGCCGCCCUCGCGGACCCGGUGGCAGGUUCCUCACGCUCGAGGAGCGCGCCAUCCUCGAGGCCGGCGGGUCCGUGCCCGGCGUCGAGUGGCCCCCAAAGCCGCUUCCCGGCGACGAGCCGCCGGCGGCGGCGGCCCCGCAGGUGCACGAGUCGGCGCAGGACGAGGUGCAGGUCCAGGAGCAGUCGGCGGGCCCGGCGGCGGGUCUGCCGCUCGUUGUUUGAGGUCGAGCGGCGAGGUGGCAGGAGCAGCAGCCGGACAGGAGGACGCGCUUUGUCGCAGUGUGCGCUUGUUGUGCAGUCGAUAUACCACCCUGCCCGCUU